AUCAAACAUCAACGGGGUACGCGUACGACCGCGCACCGUUGUACGAUUAACAGCGUUUUCGUUUUGUGACCUGUUUUAACUGCGAACCCGUGUCUUCUUGUGCUUGAAAAAGUCUUUCUGCACGGCCAUGUUUGUCGAGACGAGCGUUUCUCGUCCAAAAUUCGCGUCGUUCCAUACCAGGCACACCGCGUCCCGAAUACAAUACAGCAGACUUGGCCUCCGUUUCGCACGUCGAUGUUCGUCGCGCGUUAAGGCUCACGAAAAUACGAGGUUAAUUAUGCCAUCGAGAACAGGAUGCAAUAUCCUUCGGGACCGAUUUCUGCCCGACAGAAGGUCAAUGUCUUCUGUUUAGCGAUAGCAGUAAUUUACAAUGGAGCAACUGGGAGAAGGACAGGCAGUGGUGGUUGGUAGUGCCGGAGGAACUGUUCAAGUUGUUCAGAUGGGACAAGGAGGUCAAGCGAUGAUGUUACCACAAGCUAUACAAGUGGCAGCACCAAAUGGACAGAUACAAGUUGUUCCAAUGUCUAGUUUAACCAGUACAGGCCAACAAAUUGUAAUUCAACAACCACAAACACCUCAAAUCAUUCAGACUCCAGAUGGACAAACAUAUAUUUAUCAGCCAGUACAAUUAGAAGGCCAAGUUCAACAAGCGCAACCAACAGUACUUAAUAUCAAUGGGAGUAUUAUGCACAUUGCUGGAGCAGCAUCGCAAACAGCAACUACUGCAGCAACUACAACACCAGUACAACCUUUAGCAAGUCCUACAGCAGCAGCGUCUCAGGCAGGAAAUGUUGUCAUGAUGGUGCCAGGAAAUAGCGGACAAACGCAAUUUCAAAGGGUAGCAUUGCCAAAUGCGGAAGUUUUUGAAGAAGAACCUUUAUAUGUAAAUGCUAAACAAUAUAGACGCAUAUUAAAACGUCGUCAAGCGCGGGCAAAAUUAGAAGCUGAAGGAAAGAUACCUAAAGAAAGACCUAAAUAUCUUCAUGAAUCUCGACAUCGACAUGCAAUGAAUAGAAUUCGCGGUGAGGGUGGACGUUUUCAUUCCGGUCAAGUAAAGAAACGAAAUAGAGCAAACGAAAAUGCCAUGAUUACCCAGCACAUCACAACUUCGACCAGCACCAAUACCGUUCGUACUAUAGCAAUAGCAGCAGCAAAUGUAGGUGUUCAGUAUCACGACACAGAUAAUAUGACCUCCACAAUCGUCAUUGAAAAACAAGGUAUUCCCCUUCAGGAUAUGAUUUCUGAAGACGAUAUCGUUACCUCAAACAAUUGCUUGAUGUAAAUCGGAUGUGGAGGUAUUAUAUGAAAAAUUUACAAUCAAAAACGAAAAAUGUGUCAGUGAUGACAUCCUACGUGUGUUUGCAUUAGUCCAUUUGUAAAUAAUCAUCAUACAUACAUGUAAAUAAGCAUCAUCCAUGCAUAUUUGCAGAAAUAAUGCAAACAUAGUUUCUGAUGAUGAUUAUGAAGAAUCGUCAAAGCUGUAUAUAUAUUACGAAAAGGUUAAGAAAAAGUUUACUUAUAUUUUUUUAGCUUUUCUUUAUGCAUAGCCUAAUACAGAUUCGAUAAUAUUAUUGCAUAGUAUCGUGCCAUGAUCUGAAAUUCGAAAACUAAAUUCAAAAUUGGAUAAAUUUCAAUUAUAAAUUUUGGCAAGUGAAAAAUUUAUCGCUAUUCAAUUAAUUUUAAAUAUUUUAUAUAUAUAAAAAAUGUUUGCGGUGUUACAUAUCGAAUUUAUAGUUUCAAAAUAUGUAAAUUUUUCUAUAAAUCAUAUCGCUAUGUUUAAUCGAGA